AUGCACGCUAAAGAUUGGUUACUUGUACUCGUUGGUUUUUUCCUUCCCCCCGUUCCAGUCUUCAUCAAAAGAGGAAUUUCCUCUGCAGACUUUUGGAUUAAUAUCUUGCUCUGCUUGUUAGGAUUCUUCCCUGGCUUACUCCAUUGUUACUACAUCAUCCUGUACUAUCCAUACAGUGAAGGUUACGCCACUCUUGGAGGUGACGGACACAACCAUAGGUCUAAUGACUAUGGUGCUACAGUAGGAUAG